CGAUAUACAGGAGGAAGGCCGUCUCAGCCACUUUAGCCGGCCACGACUACCUGAUAACGUCGGUGAAGGAGCCAGAUAACUUUUGUUUGCGAUUCAAGUGUUUCAGAAGAGUUCAGCGGAUAUGUAGUGUGGGAAUGGGCAAGCUCUGAGGAAGCCCGUGCCGUUAUUUUCUUACAUGAUGGGAGAAAAUGUUACAUUUGAUAAACUUCUCAGAGCAUAUGCCAUGAACGGCUCAGAUGCGGCAACUGUGGCCAACGACUCCGUCAACGUUGUUCCCUGUACCAACACCACGGGAAACGUGUCCCAGUUGAAAUGCAUUUCAGUGGAUCCGACAUCAGGGACGUUACCUCGAGAAAUUACAUUCCACGACGACAACUUGGUGUCUGUGAUCGCUUACUCAUGUCUGUUCCUUGUGGCGGCCUGUGGGAAUCUUACUGUUUUUAUUACGUUAUUUCGAAACAGGAAUAUCAAGUCCCGUGUCAAUCUCUUCAUCAUGCACCUGUCCAUAGCGGAUUUAAUAGUAACUUUCGUCAUGCUGCCGUUGGAGACGGCGUGGAACAUCACAGUCGCGUGGAAGGCGGGUGAAGUCGCCUGCCGCAUCCUAAUGUUCUUUCGUGCCUUCGGUUUGUACCUUUCCUCCUUCACGCUUGUCACUAUCAGCCUGGACCGGUAUUUUGCAAUCAUGCGACCUCUGAGUUUAAACGACGCGGACAAACGAGGGAAGAUAAUGCUGGUGUUGGCAUGGAUCUUCAGCUUUGUAGCUAGCAUCCCACAGAGCGUCAUAUUCCACGUGGAGAAGCACCCCAUCUACCCCUGGUUUACACAGUGUGUCACAUUCAACUUCUUCAGAACGCCAAUGCACGAGCUGGCAUACAACCUGUUCCAUGUGAUCGCCGUGUACGGCCUGCCUCUGCUCAUCAUCACAGUCUCCUACUCGCUCAUACUCUGUGAAAUCUCAAAAAAAUCUAGACAAAGCAAAGAUGAGCUUCUAGAUACAUCAUCAAGGGCAAAAAUUGGGCUGAGGCGUUCCGCAAUGGGGAAUAUUGAACGGGCGAGGAUACGUACAUUGAAGAUGACACUCGUCAUUGUGGGUGUAUUUGCCAUGUGUUGGACACCAUAUUUUGUCAUCUCAGCUUGGUGGUGGUUUGAUAAGGAGUCAGCCAGUAAAGUGGACCAUACGAUACACAAAGGUUUCUUCCUAUUUGCCGUCUCCAACUCCUGCAUGGACCCUAUCGUUUAUGGGAUGUUCACGAUUAAUUUCAAAAGAGAAUUUAAACGAUGUUGCUGCUGUCUGCGGUCCCGAUGGCGAAGCAAGAAACUUGGGGAGGUCACCAGCACAAGCAGAUCCUUCAUCGGCGCGUACCGUCAGGGACGAAGGCUGUCUCAGAGCUCCAUAUCCUCCAAGACAACAGAGAGAGUGUACUUCCGUAGUCCCGAGUCAUCGACAGGGUGCAUCCGCUACCUCCCGGCCCCAACUGCUCCCCAACAAAGUCCCGCAUGUCCCUCGUCUCUGUCUCCCGGGAGAACAGCGUCUCGAGGGCCAACAUUAACAACUUUGUCGGCUUCUGAUAAUCAUUCAGUCAUGAACUGAGAGCUGUGGUAUUUAUUGACUCUGAACUGUCGGUGACUUUGUAUGGUCUCUUCAUUAUGUUUGCCCAGAGGUGCACCGAUGAAGCACUGAAAAGGACUGGUAUUCUCUCUGCCUUAACGACGCGACAGUUCUUGCCAUAGCUCGACAAGUGUACUUAGAAAACCAUUUGAUGUCUGUCAGUGUACAUGCAAGUAGAAAUCCGAAAACACCAUUAGCAUUUUUUAUUACAAUGGGUAAACUCCUUAAAAGUUUGACUUUAGUAGACUAUCUUCCCGAAUUGUGAAAUACAAGUCACUACUCCCAAGUGUAGUGAUGAAACAUCUCCAUCACAACCAGCGACCUGACCAAUGAAUGUAGAAAUAUGGCAUUGUGUAGGCACGUAUCCUUUGUUUAAUGGCCUACCAAUCAUAUGCUAACCAGCUCUGUUUCAUGGCACCCAUUCAGUUCUUUACAGGGGAAACUGUCAAUUUUGAAAUCCAAUUCAAAAGAUUACUAUUUGCUUUCAGACAACAACUGACAUCCAUUUGAUACAUUUUCGGCUGCGGCUUCUGUUUCAGUCUACUCGAGACUUCCUCUCCAUAUAUGCAAACUUCAAUGAUAUUGUGUGCGGGGGAAAGAGGUGUGUUUUUGAUUUUUUUAAAAUGAGAACAUUUACUUAAUCUUCAUUUGAGAAGAAUGAGUAAAUGUCACACCAGAUAACGUAUGCAAAGUCCUGUUUUCAAGCAGUGAUCAUAAGAACGUUUCUUACUUCGGAUUGCAAAGAUGUGAUUGAUGGGUAUGCAUGUUGACACUGUCGUUUAGCUGGGACGUAUUGAGGCAUGCUCAUACAUGCCCGGAUAAACGACACUGGGUACUAAAGAUGACUGAUUGCAAUAUGUGCACAUGUUGGAAGUAAAGUGUUUAACCUAAAGCGAGGUUCCCGGAUAUGUACAGCAAUUUAUAAGGUAGGUUUUGUGAACAUGUGGACAGCUUAAAAGCAUUAACGUGAACGUGUAUGUAACAGGUGUGAGAUAAACUGAGGCAUUUAGACAUGUGCACGUGUAUAUGGCAGCGAUGACGAAAGAUGAAACGUGACGUAAGACAAAUACAUAUAUACACCGUGACAGUACCAGGUUGAGUUGGGUGGGUAUAUGUACGUUUGACAGCGAUGGCGAAAAUUGAAGCUUCAUGACGUGACAUAUACAUAUGUCAGUUAGCAUGUGCAAUGCAAAGUUGUGGCACGUACACGCACGUUUGACAGUGAUGGCGAAAGGUGAAGCAGCAUGGCAUGACACGUGCACCUUACAUUUAGCACGUGGAUUAAAACACCUGUAAUGCCCAUGUGCGGCGAUUUAUGUUGAUGCCUAGGUGACGCUCCUACGGUGGAAACAUUCGCCAAAAUGUAAUGUGAAUGAGAGUAAUAAAGUGACAUUGCGAAUUUGUUGGAUGCUACUCAAGGUAAUGCCACACGUGGACAAUGGUCACCUUCAGUGAUUCUGAACUCUCCACUCUGCACCGGAUCGUAUUCUUAUUCCAAUACAAACAAUUUGUGGUGUUGAAAACAAAACAAUAUCGUUGGACAAAUGUUAUUUUCCACACUGUAAGUUCGAUUACAUGUACCUUGCCAAGACGGAAGUUAUCAAUAUUAUUGGUUUGUAUGUAAAUAUACCGUGACAUGUGAUAUGUUUAUUACUAUAUGGCUACAUUCCCAGCACUUCGGUAAUAUAACCUGACCUACGUCAUGAAUAUAUUGCUGCAGUAUAUUUUGUACAUAAAAAGAAUAAAUAAAUAUUAUGUUUGUUUCAA